AUGAAUGAACUUUCUGAGCAGAUUACCAGCAACAAGAAAAGCAAGAAGGACAAGAAAGAUAAGAAGGACAAGAAGGACACAAAAGACAAGAAGGAGAAGCCCCAGCCCAGCAACACAAGCAGCCCCCCGAGCUCGGCACAAAGCAAAGCAACCACACAGGCCGAUGCCGCCGACAUGACGGCCACACUGAUCACGAAACGAAAGCCUGACCAAGACACAAGUGCUAGCAAACCCAAGAAAGAGAAGAAGGACAGGCGUGAGGAAAAGGGUGGCCUCGAGGAUAUGGAAAAGCAAGAGACCAAAGCAGAUGAUAAGAGCAAGAAGAAGCACCAGCAUCAGCAGCCCGGCACAGACAGGGCAAGCAAGGAGCACAAGGUAGAUCGGGCGAUCGCAGCAGCAAGUGGUGCUAAGCAAGGGCACAGCAAGGAAGACAACAAAGACAACAAAAGGAGCACAACGAACAAGGAGGUGGACAACGACAGCAAGCGCCCAGCUGCAGCGCCCAAGGAUGCUAAGAAAGAAAAGAAGGAGAAGAAGAGCACCACAGAUGAGGCAACCGACGCAUCACACAAGCAGAGCGAUGCGAGCAAGAACAACAAGAAACACGACAGACAGCAGGAUCAAGAAGCAAAACCAGAUGAGCCAACGAAGGUCCCAAGAAAGGAAAAGCCGGAUAAGGUCAAAGAGAGCAGUGGUGCCACCAAGCAGUCACAGAACGAGAAGGAGCAGCCACACAAAGAGAAGCAAGACAAGGACAAGGAGACUGGUGGAGCAACCAAAGCACCGCAGAAGGAGAAGAAGGACCAGGAGAACGGGCAGGCAACCAAGGGGUCACUGAAGGAGUCGAAAAAGGACAAGAGCCAGGAGAAUGGUGGAGCAACCAAAGCACCGCAGAAAGAGAAGAAGGACAAGAGCCAGGAGAAUGGUGGAGCAACCAAAGCACCGCACAAGGAGAAGAAGGAUAGGAGCCAGGAGAAUGGUGAGGCAACCAAAGCACCGCAGAAGGAGAAGAAUGACAAGAGCCAGGAGAAUGGGGGGGCAACCCAAGCACCACAGAAGGAGAAGAAGGACAAGAGCCAGGAGAAUGGUGGAGCAACCCAAGCACCACAGAAGGAGAAGAAGGACAAGAGCCAGGAGAAUGGUGGAGCAACAGAAGCACCGCAGGAGAAGAAGGACAAGAGCCAGGAGAAUCGGGGGGCAAUCAAAGCACCGCAGAAGGAGAAGAAGGACAAGAGCCAGGAGAAUGGUGAGGCCAGCAGGGGGCGAGAGCCAGGUGAUAAGGACAAUCAGGCGCAAGAUGGUCACAACACCAGGCGGAUCCGCAUACGCAGCAAAAGCAAGGUUCCAGAGGCAGAAGCAGCAGGACAGAAAGAGAGCACCCAUAGUUCUUCUCGCAGCAAGAAGGACAAGAAGGACAAGAAAGCCAAGAAAGACAAGAAAGAGAAGAAACAGAAGUCAGCGAAGGAGGCCAAUGGCUCGGCCCAGGGGACGCGGAGAGUCACGGAACUCAGUGAGGAAGAGAAAGACCGGAUCAAUAAGAUGACAUCAUCCAAGGAGAUGCCCCGACCAGAGAGGUUUGGGAUGCUGAAGACAUUUAUAGUGCAGCAAAGCGUGGCCAGCAUUGAAGUGGAGGCACCUGACUGCGGCCCGAAGGGGAGAAUGUACAAGGUGCUCAAGGAAGUUGUGGAGGAAAAGCAGACUGGCUCUGAGGGCAAGUCGCAAAUGAAGCUCGGAGGGCGAGUGAAUGAAGCAAGCGCGAAGAAGCUGCUCGCAAAGCAGCUGGGUGACUUUGCUGCAAACUUGGAUUCGAUUGGCUUCCUGGAUGUGAAGACAGGCCGAAUCUCGGGAAAGAAAGCGAAGAAAGCACUCACUCCCGAGCAGCAAGCAUUCAAGGACUUGAAAGUGGCCAACACCAAGCUUGAGAGCCAGAGCAAGACGAUCCCAACGAAACUUUCCGAAAUCCGGGGCCUCAAGAUUCGGAACUGCACGGAGCUGGUUCACGCCCUAGUGGAGAUGGAAAAGAGAGUGGAGGGCGCCCUCAUCCGCUCCAAAGAGAAGUUGGAAGGCCAAAAGACGUGCCCCGAUGUUAAUGGGUGGAACGAUUUCAUCGAGCACCAGCUGCAGCCUGUGAUUGACUUGGCCGAGCACGAUAUCAAGGACGCAAGCAAAAGGAUCCAGAACCACAAGAAUACUGAGAAGAACAAAAACAAAUCAAGUGCUCAGGCAGAAAACAACGAGCCGCAGGAAGCUUCCGACGACGACCACGCAGAAGACGAGGAUGAUGAGGAGAGUCAGUGUGCAAACAAUUGUGGCGAUGCUACAGGUCGUUCAUCGAAGAGUUCCGAGGACCUUAACCUGGAGACCACAGUGGCAGAAAGGGACCAAUCGCUGAUGGAUGGCGAGGAAUUCUUACGUUCCACAAAGGAGAUGAGAAGUAUAUUCAAAAG